AUAGAUGGGUGAUUGUCAGAGCAAGGUGGAGAGAGGAGUGAGAGGAAGACGAAGAGACAAAAUUCUACAAGUCAGCUUUAGGAUUAACAAAGAGGACUUGAUUUAAUUUAUUAACAUCCCUCCAGUUUUUUUUUGUUUUUGUUUUGUUUUUCUGUCAAAUAGGACCUCACAAGACAUCACCAAUUGUUUACUUGGUAGGACUGGCACAGCUUUAACUGUUGCCCUGGACCUGUUGAGGAGAACGCACGGCAGGAGGAGGGGCACCAGGAGGAGACGGGCUGCCAGCAGGUCAAGCAGGAAAUUUGAACAAAGGAUCUACGGUGUGAUGAGGACGGCCAGGCGUGCAAGCAAUGUUGAGGUGCCCUCCUUCCUCCGGCAGUUGGUCAAAGAGACGGAGAAGAUAGUAACGUUCUUCUUCAAAGGGGGAGCCAGGGAAAGGGGUUGUGAGGAGGAGGACAAUUUAGAUGAGGAAGACGCAACGCCAAGCCCGUACCUGGAUCGCCCCAUCUUGGAGAAACACGUUUCAGAGGGGGGGUCUCAAUCAGCAUUGAACUAUGCUGUGGCUAGUAUGCAGGGCUGGAGAGCUCAGAUGGAGGACGCCCACACAUGCAUGCCCCAGCUGAAGGGAGACCUGGAAGAAUGGGCGUACUUUGCUGUUUUUGACGGACAUGCAGGCAACACAGUGGCCCAGUACUGCUCCAGAAACCUGCUGGAUCACAUCCUGACAACAGGUGGGAUCAAAGCAAACGAGGACCCAGAGCAGGUCAAAGAGGGAAUCCGUGAGGGAUUCCUGGACAUUGACCGCCACAUGCAUAAAAUGGCACGCCAGGACAGCUGGGACAGAAGUGGCUCAACCGCGGCAGCUGUCAUGAUUUCUCCACGCUAUAUUUACUUCAUCAACUGCGGGGACUCACGCACCUUCCUCUGCCACAACGGCCAGGUGGUCUUCUACACAGAGGACCACAAGCCAUUCAAUCCCAGGGAAAAGGAGAGGAUCCAGAACGCCGGAGGCUCUGUGACCCUCCAGCGGAUUAAUGGCUCGCUAGCUGUUUCCAGAGCACUGGGGGACUUUGACUUCAAGGAGGUGGACUGGAGACCACAAACAGAGCAAUUGGUGUCACCAGAGCCGGAGGUGUAUGAACUGGAAAGGACGCCCGAAGAUGAGUUUCUUAUUCUGGCAUGUGAUGGUGUGUGGGACGCCAUCGGCAACGAGGAGCUCUGUGCAUUCGUACGCAACCGUCUGCAGGUGUGCGAUGACCUGAGAGACAUCUGUAGCCAAGUCAUUGACCUCUGCCUCUAUAAGGGCAGCUUGGAUAACAUCAGCGUCAUCAUCGUGUGCUUCCCCGGCGCCCCCCAGGUGUCGCAGGAGGCCCUGCAGCGAGAAGCGGAGCUGGAGCAGCACAUAGAAAUGAAAGUGGAAGAAAUCCUCCAGAUGAUGCGGUCCAAAGAAGAAGACCCUGACCUUCUGUAUGUGAUCAAAUUCCUGGCUGCAGAGGAGAUACCGGGGCUCCCACCAGGGGGAGGCAUCACCAGCAAGCGAGACUGUAUCAUAGCAGCUUACCAGAAACACCUCAUGAACAUCAGGACUCAGGAACCUAUGGACACUGGGGGUUCAGAGGAGGACUCAACAUCAUGACCACAGACAGUCAACGGCGGCUUCAAGUUUUACAUUUUAGAUGAGAACUAAAGGACAAUUAUUCCUGGGUUUGGCCUCGAGCGUUUGUUUCCUGAUCAGUUAAAAUGAAUAUAUGGAUUGGACACUCACUUUGCCUAUUUUUGAGCUAUGAAGACCGUGUUUUCCUGUAUAAAUCUUACAUGCAAACCACCAACAGUCCGUUAUUGUAACAAUGAUUUCCUAACUUUCAGGGUGACACUCAACAAAUGGUCCUGGCAGCUCUCAAAAGUGUAUGCACUCCUGUCAAAAUGCCAUGUUUUUUUUUUUUGUUUGUUUUUUGAUCUAAUGAUUGAUUGUCAAUGAUUCUUCUCUGAAGUUCAUACUUCCAUCAAUUAUAUAAAAAAAUCUCAUUAACUACAAAUAAAUUCCAGCUGUCCUAAAACCAUU